GACCCGGUAUUGCUGAUGAUAAUGCGGGAACGGUGGGAUGCCCUCCUCCUUUAGUUAAAUGUAUCUACAGCUAGGAUGGAAACCAUUUGAUGCGCUACUCAACCGCUCCAGCUUCGGCAUCUUCCUAAUUCGAGGAUCAUCAAAGAGCCAAUAUCGCUCUUUGAUGCAUACAUGCCACGAUCCGGCCUCUUACCAAGUCCGGUAUGGUAUUGUUCCAUAGAGACCUUUGUCCGCAACAACCAAAGGCGACAAGUCAAAAGCCCGUACUCAGACAGUCGCUUCUUACAUACUCACAUCUCACAAUUCACCUCACCAGGCUCAAUGGACGGGCGUAAACACACGAUCAAUUUGUCUCCCUACUUCCCAGAGACACCGUCGCCCCUGGGCUUGCAAAGUCGACGGUCAGUUCGCCAUAGCUUUGUGAGUAAGGAGUGGGGGCUUCAGGGAUACUACGAGGAUCGAAAGAGCCGGGCCCCGUUGACCGCGGCAAAUCCCCAGGGAAUGGCGCCAAGUACCAGCUGGAGCUUCGAGACAGGUCUCCAACGGCUGCAAAGGGGGCGAGAUGCCAACUCCAAACCUGCCGAAGAGACUCGGCCAGACUUGGACAACCACGUUGGAGUUCUCAAGGUAGAGAUCACCUCCUGAGACUCCAGUGUCAAACGGACUUUGGGUGUUGCAUUGAACUGGUUCGGAAAUCACACACACCACAACACCGUGUAGACUGCUCAACAGCUGGUCGUGGUCGUAUUGUCGUAACAGAGGGGAGGACACGUUGG